UAUAAUAUUGUCAUUAUAAAUUGGAUAAGUUCCAAGUCCCCUUCCUUGUAUAAGUUAUAAUAACAAAUGUUAUAAAAAUUCGAUGCGAAUUCCCACUUUGCUUCUUCUUUCGAUCUCUCACAUAUAUAGAUAUUCAUGCAUGUGGUACGUCCUGACCAACUCUUUUCUCAAAACAGAAUUACCAACUGUUUGGUGGGUUUCGAAUUAUGAAUUUAAAGCCCUUCCAUCUUCUGCUGCUGCACUUGCUGCUACAGCCACGCAGUCACGUCGUUGCGCAGGAAACCACUGAAUCACAGCAGAACCUCGACUCCACAGUGUCAAUUGUGAUUGUGCUGCUAGUGUGCGCCUUGUGUAUCUCGGUUGGCUUGUUCUCCAUCUGCAACAGCCGUUUUGUGGAGGCGCACAUAGAUAUAGCCGGCGCCGGCAUUGAUUCCUCGCACCGUCCACGGCAACAUCAUUUUCAUCAUCGAGGUCUGGAGGCGGCUGUCAUCGAAACGUUCCCUAUCUUGUCCUACGCCGCCGUCAAGCACCUCAAGAUCGGCAAGGGAGCAUUGGAAUGUGCAGUGUGCUUAAGCCAAUUCGAGGACUACGAAACCCUGCGUUUGCUGCCGAAAUGCUACCACGUCUUCCACCCCCAAUGCAUCGACCCUUGGUUGGCUUCUCACCUCACGUGCCCUGUUUGCCGCGCCAACCUCGCGCCCGAGUCCAACAAGCCAGCACCAGAAAAUGGUGCCUUUGUAAUUGCGGAUUUGGAUGAGAUAGUGAUCGAGUCGCAGUCGGCGGGUCAGUCACCUACUCCGCUUGGACAGAACACGGAGAGCUAUAGGUUGAGACUGCCGGAAGAGCUGGGGAGGCAGCUGCGUUCAAGUAACUACGUCGAGGUCGUCUUUACGAGGCUUGGGAGUUGCAGGAAGGGAUACAGGUACGGUAGUGAAGGGAGUAGUAGUAGCCAAGAUGAGGAUGGUCAUCAAUUGGGCCAGUGGGAUUUAACCACCAUGUUACCGCCGGUUAUAGCUAGUAGUGGUGGUGCAGGUGAGAUGAAGACGCUGUUAGCGCCUCAUGAAUCCAUAUGUCGGCUUCCUGUUUGACUUGAAGAGGAAGGGGACCUGAACAUUGAGAAGCUUAGCAGUGACCAAGAGGCCAAGAAAGCAAGGACCCUGACACGAAACUCAUUGUUAUCUUUCAUCGAUCCACAAGUAACUGGCGAGAGUGCGGAGGAUCUUCAUGUCCGCCGCCACCUAGUCCGGCGACGUGGAAGUGGUAGAGAGCCAUGAUCGGCCGUCCGGUGGUGAAGGAGCAGACGCGUUGAGAUGGACAGGGAGUCUUCCAUGAUUUCCUUGGAAAUGAUUUCUCUUCCAAAUUGUACCGGUGGGAUUGAAAGCGCCAGAGAGAAGCUUGCGCCUUCUUCGACAGUAACUUGGAGCCCAGUAACACCUCGAAGAUAGUAACCCGGAAGGCUGGAACGCAGCAUUUGAACUUCAAUAUCUAGUUUUCAUACAAAGUCUGCGCCGGCCUGUUAAAGUUAAUGCUUAGUUACUUUUAACCUUAUGCUAGUUAGUUUUUAACUCUAGUUAAAUAAGUUGUUGUAAGACAUUUAAUGCUCCUUGACUUUUGUACUUAAUAUGGCAGCUGCAACUCUAGAAGAAGAGAGAGAAUCUGAAAAUAUAAAUAAAAAAACAGAGGAUUGAGCAACAGAGUGUGCUACAGCCUUCUUUCAACAAAAUCUUCUUCUUGUAUAUAUCUUUGCUAUUAUACCAUCACUUCUAUAUCAAAUAUAUAUUAGUGUAUGUGUGUGAUUGAGUACAGGAGAUAAAGAUCAUCAAACUGAUCUAAGAAGCUGAUCAAGGCAACGUACCUGAUUGGAGUUAUAAAGAGCAGUUGCAUAACAAGGCAGCAAGCGUGGAUCAAAUGAGGUGAGUAAUAGCUCAACCCCAACACAGCCCAGUACCACCUGGACCGGGUGAUCCUUUCCUUGUAGUAUUUCAAGAAAGAGAGAGAGAGAGAGAUGGAACCUUUCCUUGCCUACAACAGGGUCUCUCUGACUCCUUCAUUUUGAAUCUACAUCAUUCAAUU